ACAGCAACAAAACACUGUUUGUUAUGCACGACCUUAUAAAUGAUCUAGCUCAAAAUGUUGCUGGAGAAGUAUGCUUUCAUUUUGAGGAUAACUCUGGAGAUAAACUGCCUGCAAGUAUUGGAAAGCUUCGUCAUUUGUCAUUCACUCGCCGCCAAUAUGACAUUUUCAGAAGAUUUGAAGUGUUUGAUCCAGUGAAGUCUUUACGGACUUUCAUAGCAUUACCAAUUGAUACAUCAUCUUCAAAAGCAUGCUGUUACUUGAGCAAAGAUGUGUUGCAGGAGUUGGUGGCAGAAUUAAGAUCCUUAAGGGUGCUAUGUUUGAGUGGCUACUGCAUCGACAAACUACCAUAUUCUAUUGGUCAUUUGGAGCGGUUGAGGUAUCUUAAUUUGUCUUACACUACAAUUAAGCAGUUACCAGAAUCUGUGGGUUCCUUGCUCAACUUACAAACAUUUUUAUUGCGUGGCUGCAAGGAGCUUACUAAAUUGCCACAAGGCAUUGAAAAUCUGAUUAACCUUCUUGUUCUUGAUCUUACUGAUACUGAGAAAUUAGUGGAGAUGCCACUGCGUAUUAGUAAUUUGAAAAACCUUCAAAUUUUGUCCAAAUUCAUUGUGGGCAAGGACAAUCAGUUUGGCAUUAAAGAAUUAAAGGACUUGGUGCAUCUAACAGGGGAGUUUUGCAUUAUGGGGUUGGAAAAUGUGGUGAAUGUUCGAGAUGCUAGGCUUGCUAAUCUAAUGGAUAAGCAGUGUCUUGAUGCCUUAGAUUUGAAAUGGAGUGAGUUCCUUGAUUACCAAAACGAAGAAGAUGAAAUGCAUGUUCUUGAAAUGCUACAACCUAACAAGAAUUUGAAAAAACUUAGAAUUUCAUUUUAUGGUGGUAAAAACUUUCCAUCUUGGUUAGGUGAUCCCUCAUUAACUAAUGUUGUGGAAGUAAAACUCCAUUAUUGUAGUAGAAGCACGUCACUUCCAUCACUUGGAAAACUGCCAUCAUUGAGGACGGUGUCCAUCCAAGGCAUGAACAGAGUCAAAAAGGUGGGUUUUGAGUUCUAUGGAGAUGAUUUUCUGUCUACUAAGUGGACUACUGACUAUCUUCUUCAAGACUUGGAGAUUGAAGAAUGUCCUUCCCUCACAUCCUUUCCAAGAGGCAUCUUGCCUACCAGGUUGCAAAGGUUGAAAAUCCGAGGUUGUAGAGAUCUGCAGUCUUUACCUGAAGGAAUCAUGCAGAAUGGUAACAGCACAAACAUGUCUCAUCUUGAGAGCUUGGAGAUUGAUGAUUGCCCCUCUCUAACUUGCUUUCCCAAAGGCAUAUUACCAUUUAGUCUUAAAACUCUAAAGAUUUCGGAUUGCUCCAAGCUGGAGCCACUUUCAGAGCAGCUGCUACACAACAAUGCAUCACUUGAAUACAUUGGUCUGUGGAAUUAUGCUAGUCUUAGAUAUUUGCCUGAAUGCCUACAUUGCCUCGCACAUCUGACUGAGUUAACUAUAAGUAGCUGUUCUGCUUUAAUCUCCUUCUCAGAGACAGGCCUCCCUCCCACCUUGAGAACAUUAGAAAUCUACAGCUGUGUCAACCUUAAGUCUCUGCCAGAGAGGAUGCAAAAUGUUGCUUCUCUUCAAUAUCUAACAGUUUGUGACUGUCCACGUCUUAUGACCUUUCCUAAAGGUGAUUUGCCCCCUCAGUUAUUGUUACUUCGGAUCUUGGAUUGUAUAAAUCUGAAGGAGCCAAUGUCAGAAUGGAACUUGGAUUCUCUAACCUCCCUUAAAGAGCUCAACAUUGCUGGUGCCCCUAAUAUUACUUCCUUCCCGGAUGAAAAUUGUUUGCUUCCUACGAGCCUCAGCCUGAUUGUCAUUGCAAGACUCAACAAUCUGGAAUCUCUAUCCUCAGCACUGCAAAACCUGACCUCACUAGAAGAACUAGAAGUUGUUGACUGUCCAAAGCUGAGACACUUGCCAAGGGAAGGCCUGCCUGCAACACUUGGAAGACUUUGUAUCAGAAACUGUGAACAUCUAAAACGAAAAUGCUUGAAGAAGAAAGGAGCACACUCAACAAGGAUAGCCCACAUCCCCAACGUGGAGAUAGAAUGGUAAUCUCCCCAUGUUCUCAGUUUUGUUUAGAUCAACUUCUGUUACACUACUUUCUUUGGUAGACUUUUGCCAUACAGCUGCAUGAUUCUUCUCGUAAUAACCUUUUCACUGCAAUUGCAGAUUAAAUUCAACAAGGGACAGCAGAUGUUCAUUGAACUCUUUUGCAAGAUGUUUUUGGGAUUUCACAUUUUCUACAUACGGAUGGAGGGAAUAUCAGUGAUGCCCAAAUACAUUUGUUCAAGAUGGAGCUACAGCCUACAAGAUUGUAAGCAUAUAUACAGAAAAUGAUAAUCCAUAAUCAUUACCUCUAAUGGUCAUGUCAUGGGGACCUUCUUUCUCAUAACUCUAUGCUCACAUUAAUCAAAGUCAAUCUCAAAA